AGAAACAAACCUAAAGAUUGCGUCGCUCUGCGCUCGCAUGUAGUUCGUCAUCUUAAGUCAUUGAUUGAAAAUUUUUCGUGUUGUGAGCAACACAAAGGGACGAAAAGUCGUACUUAUCGUAGUACUAAAAACUGCUAGAUGGCAGAAAAAGGAAUUCGUGAACGAUUGUGACGCAAAACCGCUUCAACAAAAACUGUACUUGUAUAAAUAUGCUUCAGCUUGAUAUAUGCUUUAUUCGUCGUCACGGCGUUUAUUUCAAAAUUCCCACAAUUUUUGAAAUCAAAACCGGCAAAGUUUUUUCUUUCAAGCAAGGGGAAGCGAAUAACUGUAUAGCAAGGGAAAAAUAAGAAUAAGUAGCAAUACAUCUUUGUUUCACCAUCACCAAGGCUGCAUAGCGCAUCAACUUCACCUCUCAGCUACACACAAAUCCAACAAAAUCAUGCCUGCUCCACGUAACAGCACGAACGGCCGCGAUUCCGUCUCCGGACGGCAGUCCACCAAGCCGGCGUCUGCGAAGAGGCGAUCUCAAGGUAUAUAUAAUCCCGUUGCAUAAUCCUGCUAUUAAACCUCAAAAAGUAUAAGGAAAUCUGGAAGUCCAUGGAACGAAUAAGUAAUCCUCUCCUACAAGUUCAUGAGCCAAUCUUGAAAGUGAGUAUAAUACCAUAAUAAAACGCCACCAGCCCCCGACCGUGUUUCGCAAGAAGCUGACUUGGCGAAGAAGAUGGGGCUUGAGAGACCCAUAUGAAAUGCAAAAGCAUCGCACUAGUAGUAAUCGCAUUAAUACAAGUUUUCUCAGCAUGACAAAUGCAAUUUCUCAUGCUGAUUUACCUUGAAAAAGAGAUUUGUCAUGCAUAAAUGCGAUUACUACGAGUACGAUACUUUUGCACAGGAUAACCCACCGCUUAUGCUGUUGUGGACACCAACGUGAUUGGCGGGCGUCGGUCCGCCAUGCUGGACAAAUACAAGGAGGGCGAGCUGGAAUCCCUGUUCAUCGACAAGGUCAAAGAACGGGACAUUGAGUGGGUACUGUAUUAGACCUUUUUGAUGUUUUCUGAAUCGAAGUGAAGUUCUAUUCCUUUUCCUCCGAUGCAAUUGCAAUCGGAAAAAAUCCAAAGCAGCAUGGUACAGGCAAAAUAAACUACGAAGGAUUUUUACUAGAGGAGCAGAAGCUUGGGCUUGGCGCAUAGCAAAGGACUUCGAGCCGCACAAUAAGGUGUUAACAAGACUAAAACAAUUUAUGUUUAUCAGGUGAAGCACACGCUUUCCCAGUGCGGGCGGGAGCUGUUCCUGAGUCCCUACGCUGGGGGGAUCAUCAAAACGUCGAUCCUGUACGCUGCUGAGUCCGCCGACGAAAACCUGUGCAAGUUGCUCGUGCGGUAUGGCGGUAAGGAGUUACUACUGGUGAAGAACUUCAAGGGUCGGGACGCACGGUACUUUGCGGAGAAGAACGGCAUCGACAUUGGAAAACUCUCCACGGAAGCAACAGUGGAUUGCUGGAACCUGAACACUUUGAACGGGCUGCAAGGUGCGAAGCGCGCUUCGGAAAAGCUGAGCGGAUCGUCGCCGACACAGACGGUGUCCACCGGCCCGAGCGAGCUGCUCUCCGGACCAGCUUCGCCAGCGGUGUAACACGCAUACUUUGUAGUGUAACUCCUGUACUGCUAGUGUUUCAACAUCUAAAUUUGAGAUUGAUACGAUAGUUAGAGUGUGUUGACGUCGAGUUGCAGCACUUGCAGAAUUUACUUUAUUCCAAGAAGUUCACUCGAAGUAAAAUUUGAUUUUGUAUGAUUGGGUCGUGUUGCUUUGAAUCGAAAAUAGUUUGGCUUACACAUCACAGCAAAAUUUUUGUGAUUUAUUCAGAAAACCGAUUUUUCGCCGCUUUGGGUGGUUGAAUUUUGGGAGAUUUUCUUGUUUUUUUGUAACCUGUAGAUUAAAUUGCCCCACCCUUUGCUGGUUCGGUUUACUAUACGAGGUCGUACUCUUAUUUUUCAAUGCACCCGGAAAACUGCACUUUCCAUUAUCUGUUUCAAAAAGCGCCACUCGUUACGGUGACCUCCUGACGUUUUUUUACAUUAGGUCGAUUGGACCAAAUACACAUGGCUACAUAGAGACACAAUUUGCUCGGCAACAUUCAUAGCUUUGCCCUUUUCAAACCUGGCAAAAGCACAAGGUCGAUUUUCAUUUUUCU